AUGGAACUCGAUGCCGCGAAACGGAACGACGACAAGGUCUGCUACAACUGCGGCAAGAAGGGACACUUUGCCCGUAACUGCCGACAGAAAAAGCAAGGGAAAGUACCUGAGCCCACACGACAAGCAAACGUGGCCCAGAAGACCAACCAUGACAGUAAGCACUGGACGACGUGUUAUAACGACGCUUGCCUGGCACACAUCCAAGGCAAGGAGGCCUCGGGAUGGUUCCCAAAAGUCACGGGACAGCCAAGGGUUGUUGCCGUAGGAAAAAGGGGGUCACCCGGGAAGGAACUACUCAGGCCAAAGGAACGGAACGAUACCCCACCAGGAAUGAACAGGAUCAGGUCCGGAGACGACUCAGACGAAGGACCCGAAUUCGCAUGGGACGGAGACACGUACUCGGUAGCCACAGAAGACAACAGUGAGCGGACACGGGCGUGGCUCGAAGAAAAAGAAGACCGGGGGGAAAACCCGUUCACUCCUCUACCGGAAAGUGACGAUGAGAAGUACGGACGAAUGAUGGCCACUCAACAACAACCGGCCCCGAGCGGAGAACAGAUGGUCAUCGCACUUCCAGGAAUAACUCCUCGCCAAGCAGUAGCAGGAGGAAGAAGAGAGGUCGUACGAGAUCAGGAGGAUCCACGAUUACAUUACAAGGACGAACGACACAACCAGAUUUCAUGGUCUGCGUGUGUGUUCGAUGAAUGCUCAAGGCAUCUAGCGAAGAAACUGAAGCACCAAUUUAUGCCCAGGCGGUGGAAAGAAUUCCCACUACGUGCAUAUUUGGAAGAAGACCUGGAGUAUUGGGAGAUUUUCCACCAAGACACGAUAAAGGGAUAUGCCGUCCUACGGAUGAGACUCGACUACCCAGUCGACUGUGUACUCGGACAAAGAGCAACGAUCGAUUGCACCACAGUAGUGUGCAAAAUCCACCGACUCAGGAAACUAGAGUCGUGGCAUCGACAGCAGGAAUCGCAAGAAGAAGCCAGGAAAGGGCAAGUGCACCUCCGACACAGUCGGACACAGAAACGAAUGCAAAGGGUGAGGGAGGGUGCCUCUGCCACCCCGACGCCCAGCCUGGACGAAUUAUUGGGGAACGAGCCCGCUCCAGACCCCGAAGUCUUAGAAAAAAGGGCACAAAGAAUCCGGCUUGCGACAGAACGAGCCAAGGAGGAAGCCGACCGAAACCCACGGGUCAGCCUCGACUUAGCCUACAAGCGACAGUACAAAGCGCUAGCACAACAAAUGAGACACCACGACCAAGUGCUCGAAGCUACCAUGCUCGCCUUGGAAGAACAAUCACGCACGAGACAACCGGCACGAUAUACGGACGGAGCUCAGGAGAACUUCAUAUCACCACGGAUGGUGAAUGAACUCAACAUACCAUGGGCUUACAAGGGAGACCCUUACGAAUUGCGUACGGUAGAAGGGAAACCGGUCCAGUACGACGGAGGAAUUAUCAACCGAGAGACGUCGCGAAUCUCUAUUAUGGUUAACUCCAAGGAAACACCGAUCACUUUGGAUAUCACCGACACGGCGGGACACGACGUGAUAUUAGGACUACCAUGGCUACGGAAGUACAACCCUACCAUCGAUUGGUUCACUGGCCAGCUGAUCUGGACAACGAGGUCCAAUCAGGAACGAUCGAAGAAGAACUCAGCCUCUACAGCUCCUCAGAAACAGGACGCACGCGAGUCACGAACCCACAGAGCACUACUGUACCUAAAGAAGGACACGCCUGAAGGGAUUACGACGAUACCAGAAGAGUACCGCCAGUACAGCAAACUGUUCCAAAAGGAAUUAGAAACAGGACUACCGCCACAUUCACACUACGACCACGAGAUACCCCUCAAACCAGGGACGCAGCCGAAAUUUCAGAAAAUCUACGGACUGAACGAACUACAGCUAAGUGAACUAAAGAAGUACCUUGAGGAGAACCUCAGGAAGGGAUAUAUUCGACCGUCACAAUCACCAGCGGGAUACCCAAUCCUCUGGGUACCCAAGAAGAACGGUGAAUGGAGAAUGUGCGUUGACUAUCGACAACUCAACGACAUCACGGUCAAGAACAGGUAUCCGUUACCAUUGAUCACCGAACUCCGCGACAGGUUACAUGGCGCCAACUGGUUCACUGCACUGGACCUACCGGGUGCCUACAACCUCAUACGCAUCAAGGAGGGAGACGAGUGGAAAACAGCCUUUCGUACCCGUCUAGGACACUAUGAGUAUCUCGUAAUGCCCUUCGGCCUCACGAAUGCGCCUGCCUCGUUCCAAAACAUGAUCAACGAUGUGUUACGGAAGUACUUAGACGACUUUGUUAUCGUCUAUCUCGAUGACAUCCUGAUCUACUCCAAAACCCUGGAGCAGCAUCGGAAGCACGUCCAUCAGGUGCUGCAAGCCCUACAGGACGCGAACCUAUUGGUCAACCCGGACAAGAGUCAGUUCCACGUCCAGGAGGUAGUUUACCUCGGACACUUGAUCAAACCGGGACAAGUCCAAAUGGACCCGGCAAAACUAGAGGCAGUCAAGGACUGGCCUGUACCCACGAAUGUCAAGGAAGUGCAAUCCUUCCUAGGAUUCGCCAACUACUACCGAAGAUACCUGAAAGGUUACGGAGGAAUGACAAUCCCCCUAACCAACCUGACGAAAAAGAAUACCAAGUUCGAAUGGACACCAGAGUGCCAAGCAGCGUUUGACCAAGUCAAAAGAAACAUGCUUGAGGAACCAGUCACACGAAUGGCCGACCCCGAUCGACCAUACGAGCUAGAAACAGACGCAUCCGACUACGCCCUCGGAGGACAACUCGGACAGCGCGACGACGACGGAAAACUCCAUCCGGUAGCAUAUUUCUCGAAGAAACUACACGGACCAGAACUCAACUACCAAAUCCAUGACAAGGAACUCAUGGCGAUUAUUGAGUGUUUCAAAGAAUGGAGACCAUACCUGAGUGGCACGCAACACCCGAUCACGGUGUUCACCGACCACAAGAAUCUGACGUACUUCACUACGUCAAAAGAACUCAACAAGAGACAAACACGAUGGGCUGAAUUUCUUUCAGAAUUCAACUUCAAAAUCGUAUACCGCAAAGGAUCUGAAAAUGGCAGAGCGGACGCACUCAGCCGAAGGCCAGACCACGAACAAGAAAUACCUGCAGAAACACAAGCCAUCCUGCAGAUGCGAACCGACGGGAGCAUGGGAGGCGUUCCUCGACAGAUCGCACUCACCAAACUCGUCACACCGCCAGACACGGCAAGAGAACAAGAAAUCUACCAGCAGUACGACAACGAUCCCUAUGUCAAGGAAAAACCACCCAAGGGAUCGCUGGUCAGAUAUAAUGGACGAUUGUACCUACCCCCAACCUUGAGGGAGAAAUACGUGCGGGAAAUACAUGAGGCCAAAGCUCAUGGGCACGAAGGAAUCACACGGACCAAGGCAAGAGUCCGAGAAACGUACGACUUCCCCGGACUUGAUGGGAUAAUCAGGAAGGUGCGGAAAUCAUGCCACGAAUGCAACAGCAACAAGGCAUCGAGACAUCCACCUUACGGGGAACUGCAGCCUAUCCCCAUACCAGAACAACCCUGGUAUUCAGUGGCUAUGGACUUUAUCGUCAAACUACCAAAGUCCAAAGACCCGACCACUGGAACGGAAUACGACAGCAUUUUGGUAAUACCGGAGCGACUUACCAAGUAUGCGUAUUUCCUUCCGUUCAAUGAGUCACACACAGCGGAACAACUUGCGUUCACGUUCCUACGAACAGUAGUGGCCAACCACGGGAUGCCACACGAGAUCGUCACGGAUCGAGGACCGACGUACGCGUCAAAAUUCUACACAUCCUUGAUGGGACAACUUGGAGCCAACAAAAAACUGUCUACGGCCUACCACCCACAAACCGAUGGACAGACAGAACGUCUAAAUCAGGUAUUAGAAGCAUAUCUGCGCAACUACGUCAACUAUGAUCAAGACAAUUGGGUAGAGCUGUUACCACUUGCACAGUUCGCAUAUAACAGCGCCCCUACCGAAACAACGAAGGUUUCGCCAUUCUUUGCCAACUAUGGCCGAAACCCGGAAGCAUACCGACAACCACGAGACAAGGUCAACGCAGACUCCGCUAUUCUCAAGGCAGAACACCUUAAGAAGUUGCACGCAUCCUUAAAAACGGAACUCGAGUUCGUCCAAGAACGAGUCCGCCAUUACUACAACAGAAAAAGGAUGAAGGGACCAUCCUUCUCGGAGGGAGACAUGGUCUACCUACUACGGAAAAACAUCACCACAAAACGACCUAGCGACAAAUUGGAUCAUAAAAAACUAGGACCAUUCAAGAUUGUACAGAGAAUUUCAACAUCCAACUACAGGCUGUCAUUACCAAAGACAAUGCGAAUUCACCCAAUUUUUCACGUUUCCCUACUGGAACCAGCCCCUCCGGGAGUGCGGCUAAAGGAACCAGUAGAAGUGGAAGCAGAAGAAGAGGAAUACGAAGUCGAGCAGAUACUUGAGCAGAGGGUAUCGGACGGGAAAUAUCUGGUAAAGUGGAAGGGCUAUAACGCUACAGAAAACACCUGGGAACCUAAGGAACACUUGACGCAUUGCCAGCGGAAGCUUCGGCAGUUCCACCAGCGAAGUCGAGACCACCCAACAGUUGCCCACUAUCCAGACCGAAAGCGCUCCAGUCAACGGAAGAAGAAGGAUCAGCAACCCCUAGAGCCCGAGCAUCCGCAGUAA